GUCUGAAACUAAAGAGAAAAGAAAGACUUCACAGCUGGAGUGUUAGGUCUAUUUGAAUGCACAGAAACCUCCAGUGGUGACAGAAAAAAAGGACUGCUGGGUAAUGGCUGGUCUCAGGGUUCUUCUCACUCUCAUUGCCUUUCUCCUGCUGGGUCAUCAGACAAAUGCUAAGAAUGAAGCUCCCUGCCAGCGCUCAAAAUGGAAUAAUGGCUUUAACACCUUUCUGAAGCGCCACAUCCGCUCUGGUACUCCUAACUCUGAUGAUCAUAAUCAAUGGGAGAACUACAUCAAGAACAACGGGGGUUGUGACAGACCCACACAGUCCUUCCUCAGUCCAGAUGAACUGGAAAAGGUAAAGGCAGUCUGCACCAAUGAAGGUGGGAAGGUGUACAAGGAGAACCUGUGCAUCAGCAAGCAGCCCUUCAGUUUCUACACAGUGAGGAGUGAGCCGGGGACAUGUGGGAUCAGGAGCAUCACACAUGAAACUAAACAUCUGAUCUUGGCCUGUGAGGUGCUUCAAAACCAGUGUCUGCCUGUCCAUUUUGAGGGAAACUCAAAAAGUUUGAAGCCAGAUAACAACGCCAAAGGGUGCCAAGGCCAAGAAGCACAAGGCCAUGCUCCCAGCUUAAAAAUGACAUGGCUCUGGUUGUUGUCUGUUCUUGUUCUUCUUCUUUUUUAUGGCUAUUAACCUUUUUAAAAUUUGUGUAACUAGAUGAGACAUUGAAGGUUUUAUCAGUGGACAUUUUGCUUUUUGGGAGUCUUCCCUUAUAGGAAUUUCAACGAAGCCAUUUCAGGAUCUCUUUUUUUGUUGCUUUAAACAGUAUUUUAUCUGCACUGUUUCAACCACUUAUUUUAGUCUUUAAAUAUUUUUUAAAAAUAUUUUUCUAUUACCUAAAGUAAUAUGCUUGUGCCUGUGUAUCUGUGGUUUUGCUUUUAAUGGUUGUGCACUCAUCUCUGAGAGAGUGCAGGGAUUAGUGCAUGGCAUUUCAUUUUGGACACUUUUGAACAAUUUACAUUAAAAUCGAAUGAAUG